AUGCACCACCCACGCCCCGCCCCCGCCGCCCGCGCGGCGGCCGCGGCGCUGCUCCUGCUGCUCGUGCAGGCGGGAGGGGUGGAGGAGGAGGAGGGGUCGCUGGAGGAGCUGUUCGACUCGCACGCCGGCGCGGCGCCCGCCUCGCCCCACGAGCACGACGGCGAGGGCCCUGCGUGCGACCGCGACUGCGACUACCGCCUGGCGGACGACGGCCCAAGCCGCCCCGUCGAGGUCGUGCGUUACGGCCAGGCCUGCGUCUGCAAGGAGCCGUUGCCCUACCACGUGGAAGUGCCAGAGCCUGCACGUCCUGUCGUCCGAGGGGAGUACGGCUACGAAGUGCACACCCUGCCGGAGCCUGCCCCUAUCCAGCUAAAGAACUUCGAGUUCGACGUGGAGCGCACGCCCGAGCCCGAGCCGUGCCGCACGCGUGACUACGCGUUCGCCGUGCACCGGGUGCCCGAGCCGCCUCCCGUGCGCCUGCAGAACUUCGCUUUCGACGUGCAGCGCCCCGUGGAGCAAAAGGCGCCCUGCGUCACGCGCGAUCUGCCCUACUCCGUGCACGCGCCGCCGGCGCCCCCGCCAGUGACGCUGCACAACGAAGAGUUCGACGUGGAGCGGCCCGUCAAGCACCGCCAGGACAGGCUGUGCGGCCUCACGGCGGCCGUGGACCGCAUGGUCAUUCCGGCGCACGACUGCCCCGACAGCGACCCCGACGCGCCCUGCGACCGCGUCAUCUGCAGACACCACGCGAGGUACGACUCCGGCCACGCCCCCCACCCCGGUCAUCCCCGCGUGCGGCGGUCCCCCCUCCCCGAGGCCACCGCCUUCCCCAACCGCGCCCACCGCUCCACCGCCACGGAAGACGUCACGCUCCGAGAGAGCUUCCGAGAUGUGGUCCACGCCUUGGGCAAAAGCGGUCGCCCUUCGUCGGCCGCUAGUGAACGCCAGGCGGCCGCUCACGCAAAACGCGAAGAAGAGACAGAUGGCUUCGAGGAACGGAAGGUAGAGCGCGUGGAGAUAUCCCAACACAAUGGCGAAAAGCGUGUUGAGGAAGUUGAGUCGAAAGAUAUUGUAAAAAUUACUCACGAAAGCCAUGACAUGUCGGUAGUAUCAUUGGAAAAUGACAGUAUUGACACUGAAGUAGUAGAUGAAACUUCCAGUACAGAGCGCACCAAAAUAGUUAAUAGUGAAAGUAGUAGUACUGUAGAAACUGUUUCGAAAAUUACCGACGCUUCUGUCACUAAAACGUUGAAAGAUGAGGGGGUAGAGGUAGACGAUAAAGCAAAUGUCGAAACAGAGAAGCGGUACAAUGAAGGAGAAGAAGUGCAGGAGAGUGACGAGGCCGAAACGAUGACGAAUAAAGAGGUAGAUAGUAAUAAGAAAGGCACCGACUACAUAAAAAAUAUUGAUGAAGGUAGCUCCGAGACAGUAGAGAAACAAGUAAAGUCCGUAGCUGAGAACGAAGGCACGAUCGCGAAACAAUUAGAAAGUAAAAACACACAGGUCGUGACAAUGCAGCAUAAAAUUAAUGAGGGCAACGGAGCGAUAGGAGUGGUACAGGAGGGGCAUGACGCGGAGUCGCGAUUACACGGGGCGACGCAAGAAGAUGAGGGAACGUUUGUGGCAAAAGAGAACGUGAACGCUCGAAAGGCCCCGGUUGAGAUCGUUACGUUCGUUGGCGGGGAGGCACCCAGGAGCCCCACAGUCCUCGAAGCGGAGAGGCUGCUCGACCGGGACACGAACUCACCCGUGCACGCGGACGGCCACGGCGGGGAUGAUGCGCGGGAGUUCGCACUGCGCAAGCGCAGCUCCGCCCCGGGCGGGGACGGCGGUGAGGACGGGGAUGAGGACGGCGGAGGCGAGAAAGCGCCGAACGAGGAGGGCGGGCCCGCCCUGGAGCCCUACCCCGCCCCCGCGGCCACGGAGCACGGUCUUGAGGCUACGUCGACAGGCGAUAAAGCCUCGUACACGCCUGCGGGCGAUCAAGUGGAUGAGGGUGCGGACGACAGCGCCAUCGGAGGUUCCGACGGCUCCGCGAAAGACGAGACAGUGAAUCACGAAGUGGUCAAAACCGAAGAGGCGGAAACCGCAGACACGACAGGCGAAGGAAGCACCGUAGCUUCUACCGUGACGACGUUUGAUAGCGGUUCGUACAGGCCUUCAUCAAGGAGCUCGGAAUAUAAAGAGCAGGACGCGGCAGACGGUGCGGGUUCAAACACUGGGUACUCUCAUAGCGAGACCUCCGCUUCGGGUUACGGAAGUAAUUCGGAAUCGUCUUAUCAAUCUGACCCUCCAGGGACAUAUACCGUUACCACUAAAACGUACUCUCCCACCGGAGGGUAUACCGUCACCAAAGAAACUACCGUCCGGAGUGCGCCGGGAUAUGGGGAGAAACCUGCAGAAGUAAGCACGCAAUAUCACACUGGCAAGGGUAAGACUUCGUACGUUGGAGGGUCAGGGGCGGGAUACUCUGACUCUCAGGCUAUUUCAUCAGAUAGUAAAAUUGUAACGUCGUACGUAGCCCCAGCGGCGUCUUACCAAACCGAUAAGGGAUCUUACACGAUCACUAAGGUCACAGAAGAAUCGUCUGCGUAUUUUCCGUCUUCUGAUUACAUGUCCAAGGAAACUCAAUAUAUACACUCAUCUCCUGGGUAUGGACCUGUUGUAACAAACGAACCAGGGUGCUUGCCUGUCCCACCCAAGAAACCUGGUUACGUGUUUAGUCCCCCAGGAUACGUUACCAUUUCUCCCGAAGGGCCAUCAACCCACGGGUAUCUUCCUGUCCGACCCAAGGGCACUGGGUAUAUGACCUCACCUCCAGGAUACUUUCCCACUCAAUCCAAGGACAAUUCUUAUUUGCCGUAUCCUUCUGGAUACUUUCCCGCUCCGUCUAAAGACUCUUCAUAUUUGCCAUCUUCUUCUGAAUACUUUCCCACUCCAUCUAAGGACUCUUCAUAUUUGCCCUCUCGUCCUGGAUACUUGUCUGUUCCACCCCAAGGUUCAGAUUACGCGCAGAUUCCAGAGGUUGGGGGUGGGAAAAAGGGAUCCUACAUUGUCGAAAAAGUAACCUAUGGAGGAGAUAAGAGUCACCAAUAUGGUACUUCUACUUCAGAAUAUGUGAAGCCAAGCAAGAAAAGUUCGUACGGUUUCAAGUUAGCUAGUGGUUACAACAUUCUUGGAGAGACGCGAACAGGGGGGUCCAAGUACGAAGCAGACUUAUCGUACGAGGGAGUAGGAUCUUAUGAGGAAAAAUCUGAUUAUCACGGUCUUCAGAAAGGUUCGUUGUAUAGUAAUGAUCUAGUCGUGCCGAUAAAGAAAAUUAUCAAAGACUAUGAGAAAGAACAAGAAAAAAUAACGCACGGAACUGGAUACGAAACAACCGAGACCAGUGGCAUGCAAGUGACGGAUGGUUAUCACGGACUGGUAGUACCUGCAGAUAAAGUAGAUUACAAAGAAAAGGUGACAACCUACAGCCCCGGUACGAUGUACAAUACUCCAACAUCAUACACGUCAACUCCUUCUCAUAAAGGUUCUAAAGGAGGCAAGGAAUACGGCAAACUGAAGAAGGGGUACGCAGAUAUAUCUUACGGGCCAACACAUUCCUCGGAAUACGUGUACGAUGCCCAACUUCUGAAAGCAACCAAAGGUUACGUGCGUAGGAUAGGUGACAUCCCGCUAAAGGACGAUAAAACGGUCGAAGAUAGUACCUACAAUUUGAAACAUUUAAAAGGUGGAGAUAUCCAUUCCACUUGGUAUGAAGCUACGCCGAUAAAAUAUGGGCUCGUAAAGGGAUCUGGUUCAGGGUACCAAACAACAGAAACAGGUUACAAAACAGGGACUGAUUACGGGAUUAUGAAUGGAGGCAAGUACGUAUCUGAAUCUUCAGGAUAUAAAACUUCAAAACAACAACCCCCAAAAGGAUAUGGUACGGGUUAUACAACUAGUAAGAAGUAUACAACAGAUACCGUAUACGGUCCUAGCGGAAGUAGUUAUAUCCCAAUACUCGACAACACUGAAACGGCAUAUAUACCUCCGACAGGUCCAGGAUAUGUACCAAUUUACGGUGAAACGACAUAUUCCUUGAACGAUAACAACAGUUAUAACAAGAAGAAGAAAACAGACAUUAAAACUAUGAAAGGCUACGCCACCGACUACAGCGGCUCUGCCGUUUACGGGUCGGGAGACAGCUACAACGUAGUCAGUGGAUAUGCAGCAAGCACCAAGCACGACUCUAAGAAGGUCAAGAAAGGGUACAGUGGAUACGGUGUCACGGGGAGUAGGUACGUUUCAGGCACAAAAGAAACAGAAGGUCAGGUGUCUGGUAGUCAUGAUCUCGAAAGCUACCCGUCUGGAAGCGGAACAGGAAGUGCGUAUCUGAUCGAUCAACAGUAUUCUUCAAAAAACAAAAAAGGGCAAGUCAGCAGUUACGGGGUCGAUACCGACACAAGUUACGGUACACAAGUUAUGGACAGCGGAUAUGGGAAGGACGCCACAUACGACUCUCUAACUUAUAAGGGAAAAUCUACAGGCUACAGUAAGGGCAGCGAUUCAACGUACGUAUCCGGGAAAGGAUACGGUGUUGUUGACAGUGGGUAUGGUUCUAGUAAAAAGAUCAUCAAGAAAACGGAGACAAAGUAUGUCAGCGGUAAAUAUGCAAGCGGGUAUGGUUUGGACGGAAAUGCAAUUGAAAGUGGGUAUAGCUCUGGUCACAAAACAUAUACUAAGAAGGAUGGUAUUUAUGGUGACAGCACUGCAGCAACUUACGGCGUAGGAGGAACUUACGGUACUUCAGGGAGUGGUUAUGAGCCUAGUACAGGGUACGAAUCAAGCAACACCUACUAUGGGGACUACUCCGGGAAAGGAAGCUACAUUUCAGGGAACAACUACGCAGGCCAAGGCUACAUCACAAGCUCUACACACCCACCGAGUUCAAAAGGAAAUUCAAGCUAUGGUACUUCAGGGGCGUCUACGUACAGCUCAGAAAGCACGUACGGGUCUGAAGGUUCUGGUUACCCUUCACCACCGGGCUAUGCCGUCACAAGCCACGGUGCGGUCGUUUCCAAGAACCCGCAGUCGGAGUACGGUGUAGCGGCUCAAGGGUACGAGGCUACGGACUUGACGGCGGCAAGUGGCACCGUCCAUCAAGUGACUCCAUCCUGUACGUCGUGGGCGUCGCCCGCGAAGACAGUCGUCAUAGAAUCUUCUCCCGGUGCUGGCAAGUGCGGUUGCGAAAACGGCAUCUCGGACGAGGGGCAGGUGGACGGGAAGGGGUCUGUCGGGCAGAGGUUCCGUCGCAGGGGUUAUAUGUGCCUACCUCUCAAGAAGCUUCUUCCAGUGUUGGAAGGCGCGUAG